CACGACGAUGAUAGGCAGCCCUGGGUGGGAUCUGCUGCCCAUAUCAAAAGAAAAGUCGCUUAGUUAUUCUUUGUUCCCGUAUGAGUUCAAUACAUUACCAAGAGCUUGGUCUGAAAGGAUCUACCCUAAUCUGGUUUCCUACCGAGCUCAUUCGGUUGGAGGCCACAUCGUCCCCCUCGAAGAGCUAGAAUUGUUUCUAGCGGAUACUGAGGAGUUUACACAAAAGCUCAGUGGCUUGUUCAAGGCAGAUUGAACCACGAUGAUUCGGAAUCUAAAGGCGUCGGAUAUUAUGGGCUUAUUCAAACUCGCUAUACGAAUAUUAAAUGCCUUGGCACCUUAUGUUUAGCUUCCGUUCAGCUGCGUUAUUUUCUCAAUCUGGUGGAUAGAUCAAGCCAUGGUAGUCUGAAGAAGCUUAUGGGUAGCAGGAAAUAUAUAUAUGGGCGGCAAAAGCGCUGUAGUA